GGAUCUGGGCCAAAACACCCCUUUCUCCUUCGUGAAAACAAAACCAACAGACCCCUAACACCAACAACAGAGACGGUGGAAAAAUCCUAGCCUUUUUCCAUCCUUCCAAAAAAAAAAAAAAAAGAAAUCGGACCUCCGUUUUUUUUUUUUUUUCAACAGAGAACACACUUUCUAUCCCUUCCCGUUUUCUCUCUGAUUUCAUCGACUCACACACGCCUAAAAAAAAAAAAAAAAGAAAAACGAAUUUUCGAAAUUCAAAAGGGAUUCUCAAAUCUGAAAAUUUCAAAAAAAAGAAGAAGAAGCUGUGGUUGAAAAAUUGCUGCUGCUCGUUGUUCGGAUCUGCCGGUCUGCUGUCCAGAGUUUCAGAUCUGGGUUUGGUUUGGUUUAGCUGAUUUUCCUUACAAAUAGGUCAAUCCUAGUCCAAGUAAAAAAAAAUGGCAGCUAUUCAGCAAAAUUUUUCCACUUCAAUCUCUUCAUCAACUUCUACUUUAUUGGGUCAGCACAAACUCCGUCUCAGGAGCCAGAAUGUGUUACUGCCAGGCAAAACCGGUGGUAUUGUCAGAUGUGUUGCAACACCCUCUACGGAGACUUCUUACAAGACAAAGGUCUCUCGCAAUGAGAACUUAGCUAAACUUCAAGCUGGUUAUCUUUUUCCUGAGAUCGCAAGAAGGAGAUCUGCACACAUGUUGAAACACCCUGAUGCUCAAAUUAUAAGCCUUGGAAUUGGUGACACUACUGAGCCCAUUCCUGAAUUCAUAAGUUCUGCCAUGGCACAGAGAGCACAUGACCUGUCAACAUUAAAGGGUUACAGUGGUUAUGGUGCUGAGCAAGGAGAAAAA